GAUGAACUGCCAAAAACUCUGACUGACAUGUACACACAUUUCCUUUUGCUCCAGCGCAGACAGACAAAAGCAAAAUAUAACACAGAUCAGUCAACAUCUGAAACCUCUGGAACGGAGACAUUCAGUGAUAAAACUAAUGAUGAAACAAUCCUCUCAUUGGGAAAACUUGCUUUCAAAGGACUAAAGGAGAAGAACCUUCUCUUCACUGAAGAAGAAUUGACCAGUUGUGGGACUGAUGUAACCAAAGCUGCUGUUUUCUCUGGGUUGUUAACUCAGAUCAAACGAGAAAAUCAUGAUCUAUACAAGCAGAAUAUGUUUUGCUUUGUCCAUCAAAGCAUUCAAGAGUUCAUGGCAGCUCUCCAUGUCUGCUACUCUUUUACUAACAAAGGGGAAAAUGUGUUCACAGAAUCCACCUCAGCAACCUCUGACCUUACUGCCUCAGAGUUUUAUAAGAAAGCAGUGGACAAGGCUUUUGAGGAUGAACAUGGGGACUGGGACAUGUUCCUUCGGUUCCUAGUGGGUCUCUCUCUGGAAUCUAAUCAGGAUCUACUUCAGGAUCUGAUGAAUAAGAAUGAAAAACACAAAGAUGCUAGUAAGGAAGCUGUAGAGUACAUCAAGAAGAAGAUCAGAGAGAACAACAAUGACCCAGAUAAAAACCUUAAUCUUUUCUACUGUCUUAAUGAACUGAAUGACGACACCCUUGUUCAAGAAAUCAAAAAGUAUCUUAAUUCAGAAGAAAAACCUUUUGAAACUUUCACUGCUUCUCAGUGGUCAGCUUUAACCUUUGUGAUGCUGAACUCAGAUGAAAACCUUGAAGUGUUUGAUCUUAAGAAAUACCUGAAAUCAGAGCAAGUUCUUCUGGGAAUGAUGCCAGUGGUCAAAGUCUCAAACACCACUUUACUGAGUUGGUGUGAGCUCUCUGAAGAAUCUUGCAAUGGUCUCACAUUAUCAGUGCUAACCAAACCAUCCUCAAAUCUCACUGUGUUGGACCUGAGUCAUAAUGAUUUGAUGGAUGCUGGAGUGAUGCGACUUGCUGAUGGGUUGAAACAUGUGAACUGUAAACUUGAGACUCUCAAGUUGGCAGGAUGUCAGGUGACAGAGGACGGCUGCAUUUCUCUGGCUGAAGCUAUUAAGUCCAAUAGACUCUCAUCUCUUAAACACUUGGACCUGAGUUACAAUCACCCUGGAAACAAAGGGAUGAGGGCUCUCAAUGCAAUAGUUGAGGAUCCAAACAAGAAACUUGAGACAGUGAA